AUGAACGGCUGUUGCAUCACCGCGCAAGAACACAUGGCAUGGCUUGGACUCGUGACGAGUCUCUGUUUGGCCGUUCUAGUUGUGACCUCAAUAACAUGUGAACCGCCAGUAAACAGUUAUCUACCUCCUGGAGGCAGCAGUGGUUCCAGUGGAAGGCCUUCUUCCCAAUAUGGUCCACCGGGUUCCAAUCAAGGAAGAUUUGGAGGUGUUGGUUCUGGUAGAGGCCGGCCAGGUGAAAACUAUGAUCAGUCUGGAAGAUCUUUGGGAUCUCCUUCUUCUGAAUAUGGGGCUCCAGGAGCUCAGGGAUUCCAAGAUGGUUCACAAGACCAACAGGGACCAAAUUCUCAAUAUAGAACUCCGAACCAAGGCGGCUCCGGAAAUUUAAGAGGACCUGCUAGUGGUCGUGGAACUCCUCAAAGACCCGAUUCUUCAUAUGGAACUCCAUUACAAGGAUUUCAAUCUGGCGACCAGAACAAUUUCCCUGGACAAGGCGGUUUUUCUGGACAAGGCUCUAGCAGACCUGGAGUGUCACCGUCUUCUUCUUAUGGGACCCCUGACUUCGGUAAUGGUAGAAAUAUUGAAAAUGAAAGUUAUCGUAGCUCAGGGGUAGAUGAAUCAAAUGGGCCAGCUAAGUAUGAAUUUAGCUAUGAGGUCGACGAUGCGGAAACAGGUACUAUGUUUGGUCAUUCAGAACAGCGUAAUGGUGACUUGACUACAGGACAAUACAAUGUAGUCUUACCCGACGGUAGGAAGCAGGUGGUAGAAUAUGAGGCCGAUCAAGACGGCUACAAGCCUCAAAUAAGAUACGAGGGUGCAGGACGAGGUGUUGGAGGAUCUGGAUUUGGACAGGGUGGAAGAAAUGGUGGACAGGGAUAUCCCGGCGUUGGUGCAAAUGCUGAUGCUUUUGCAAAUGCUCAGUCUGGAGCGCAACAAGGUGGAAAUUACCAAUCAGGGUUUGGUGACGGUUCUGGAGGCGGCUAUCCAAGUGGCAGACCAGGUAGCAGCGGUGAAGAUUUCUUAGGAAAUCAAGGCUUUCCGGGUUCAGGAAGUGGGAGUGAAUAUCCACGUGGAUCAGGAGGAUCUAGUUUUCCGGGUCGAUCUCAAAGUAACUUCCCCGGUCAGCAAGGGAACCAAGGUUAUUCGACAGGACCUCAAGGAGCUGGAGGUGCGCCUCGUGGUAGUGGACGUGGACCCAAUGCUGGUGGUGGUGGCAGUGGAGAAGGAUAUCCCAGUGGCGGACCAAACGGACAACGGGGCUCCGGAUAUUGA